AUGAAUUUUCUCAAAGGACUCAUUAAUAAGCAAACAUCAGCAGCUUCGUCAACCAACUUUAUUGCUCCUCUUCUUGCCAAUAAUCCUGCUGUUCAAAUAUUAAAAUCCGAUUUAGAACAAACACCACCAACAGCACUCUAUCAUCCUACUUUCAUCUCUCCAAAAGACUCUCAAACCAUUUGGAAUGAAUUGAAAAACUUGCAAAAACAUGAACCCUUCCUUGCCAAUCCACAAUUAAAACGAUCCAUCUUUAAUGUACACUCGGAGAGUCAAGUUGAAAAGUGUGCCGAUUUGUACUUUCCAACUCUCUUCGCCUACAUUCAAACAUUGAAACCAUUCUUCUACAAGAGAAAGAGACCUUGUCCAUCAGUAAUGUCCCUGUCCAGUUUGGAGAAUUCAGACUAUCCAAACAUUGUUCCGAAUACUAUUCAAAUUAAUCAUUAUCAAGAUAUUGAAAAAAGUGGAUGUCCUCUUCAUAUUGAUAGUAGAGGAUUGGGUCCAACAAUUGGAAUGUUAUCUUUCGGAAAUGAUGCUACAAUGAGUUUCAUGAUUGAUCCUCCUUCCAAUUUUACAAUUGAACAAGUGCAGGAAUGUCCAGAUGAGUUUAGAGUUUUACUACCAAAUGGAUCUUUAGUUAUUCUGGCUGAUGAUAUCAGAUAUAAAUAUGUGCAUGGAAUUAGAAAUGAAAUACAGAAGAAAAAUCAUCCAGAUCAUGCAGAAAGAUUUUCAGUCGUAUUUUGGUAUCAAGAUUAG